AAUAAACAACCAGGCAGCAGUUAUUAACACGGGAACAUGGCGGCCGCAGCCUCAGCCACAGCUUCGGCGGCGAAGGUCAGCGCCGACGGCAGCCGGCACCUGACGGUGUGACCGACCAAGCCGAUUUUUCUCGGAUUGGGCUACAAAUUUAUAGAUCUUCUGCACUGUGUACAGGCACAGAUGCAUCUCCUCCCUUCCCUUGUUGUCUGGAGAGCAGCAUGCCUCCCUGUGCUUCGUGAGCACUGAGCCCAGCUCCUGCUGGCAGGCGGGCAUCUGAAUGAAUGAGGGACUCGGAGAUGAGGGGAAGAGCCCAGCACAGAGCCGCAUGCGGUCCAUGUCUGGCUGCUGCCCCUCCUGACCUGUGCCUGUAGUUGUGCCCUGAAGAGAUGACUGGAGGGAGACUGAGCAUCUCAGAGUGCGCAGAGGGAAAGCUGGCAAGUUGAUGGUUGCUGAUAUGUGUUCAAGAUGAGUGGGAUGGGAGAAAAUACCUCUGACCCCUCCAGGGCAGAGACAAGAAAGCGCAAGGAAUGUCCUGACCAGCUUGGACCCAGUCCCAAGAGGAGCACUGAGAAACGUAACCGUGAGCAGGAAAAUAAAUACAUCGAAGAACUUGCAGAGCUGAUUUUUGCAAACUUUAAUGACAUAGACAACUUCAACUUCAAACCUGACAAAUGUGCAAUCUUAAAAGAAACUGUGAAGCAAAUUCGUCAGAUCAAAGAACAAGAGAAAGCAGCAGCUGCCAACAUAGACGAAGUACAGAAGUCAGACGUGUCGUCUACGGGGCAGGGCGUCAUCGACAAGGACGCGCUGGGGCCCAUGAUGCUUGAGGCCCUCGAUGGGUUCUUCUUUGUAGUGAACCUGGAAGGCAACGUUGUAUUUGUUUCAGAGAACGUGACACAGUACCUAAGGUAUAACCAAGAAGAGCUGAUGAACAAAAGUGUAUAUAGCAUCCUGCACGUUGGGGACCACACUGAAUUUGUCAAAAACCUGCUGCCAAAGUCUAUAGUGAACGGCGGACCCUGGGCCGGCGAGCCUCCUAGGCGGAACAGCCACACCUUUAACUGCCGGAUGCUGGUAAAGCCUUUGCCCGAUUCCGAAGAGGAAGGUCACGAUAACCAGGAAACACACCAGAAAUAUGAAACUAUGCAGUGCUUUGCCGUCUCUCAACCAAAGUCCAUCAAAGAAGAAGGAGAAGAUUUGCAGUCCUGCUUGAUUUGUGUGGCAAGAAGAGUUCCCAUGAAGGAAAGACCAGGUCUUCCCUCGUCAGAGAGUUUUACUACUCGCCAAGAUCUCCAAGGCAAGAUCACGUCCCUGGACACCAGCACCAUGCGGGCGGCCAUGAAGCCGGGCUGGGAGGACCUGGUGAGAAGGUGCAUUCAGAAGUUCCACGCGCAGCACGAAGGGGAGUCUGUGUCCUACGCUAAGAGGCACCAUCAUGAAGUGCUGAGACAAGGAUUGGCAUUCAGUCAGAUCUAUCGUUUUUCCUUGUCCGAUGGCACUCUUGUUGCUGCACAAACGAAGAGCAAACUCAUCCGUUCUCAGACUACUAAUGAACCUCAGCUUGUAAUAUCGUUACAUAUGCUUCACAGAGAGCAGAAUGUGUGUGUCAUGAAUCCGGAUCUGACUGGACAAGCGAUGGGGAAGCCAUUGAAUCCAAUUAGCUCUAGCAGCCCCGCCCACCAGGCCCUGUGCAGUGGGAACCCAGGUCAGGACAUGACCCUCAGUAGCAAUAUAAAUUUUCCCGUCAGUGGCCCGAAGGAACAGAUGGGCGUGCCUGUGGGCAGGUUCGGUGGUUCUGGGGGAAUGAACCAUGUGUCAAGCAUGCAAGCAGCCCCUCCUCAGGGUAGUAACUAUGCACUCAAAAUGAACAGUCCCUCACAGAGCAGCCCUGGCGUGAACCCGGGACAGCCCAGCUCCAUGCUCUCACCACGGCAUCGCAUGAGCCCCGGAGUGGCUGGGAGCCCUCGAAUCCCACCCAGUCAGUUUUCCCCUGCAGGAAGCCUGCACUCCCCUGUGGGAGUUUGCAGCAGCACAGGAAAUAGCCAUAGCUACACCAACAGUUCCCUCAACGCACUUCAGGCCCUCAGCGAGGGGCACGGGGUCUCCCUGGGGUCAUCGCUGGCUUCACCAGACCUAAAAAUGGGCAAUUUGCAAAACUCCCCCGUUAAUAUGAAUCCUCCCCCACUCAGCAAGAUGGGAAGCUUAGACUCCAAAGACUGUUUUGGACUUUACGGGGAGCCAUCUGAAGGCACAACUGGUCAAGUGGAGAGCAGCUGCCAUCCCGGAGAGCAGAAGGAGGCAAGCGACUCCAGCACGCCCCAGGCUGCGAGCGGCGACAGGUCUGACGGACAGCACAGACUGCACGACAGCAAAGGACAGACCAAACUCCUACAGCUGUUGACCACCAAAUCGGACCAGAUGGAGCCUUCGCCCUUAUCCAGCUCUUUGUCGGACACAAACAAAGACCCCGCAGGCAGCUUGCCUGGUUCUGGGUCGACGCAUGGAGCCUCGCUCAAGGAGAAGCAUAAGAUUUUGCACAGACUCUUGCAGGACAGCAGUUCCCCUGUGGACUUGGCCAAGUUAACAGCGGAAGCCACAGGCAAAGAGCUGAGCCAGGAGGCCGGAAACACGGCUCCCGGUUCAGAAGUGACUAUUAAGCAAGAGCCCGUGAGCCCCAAGAAGAAAGAGAAUGCACUACUUCGCUACUUGCUAGAUAAAGAUGAUACUAAAGAUAUCGGUUUACCAGAAAUAACCCCCAAACUUGAGCGACUGGACAGUAAGACAGACCCUACCAGUAACACAAAAUUAAUAGCUAUGAAAACUGAGAAGGAGGAGCUGAGCUUUGAGCCUAGUGACCAGCCUGGCAGUGAGCUGGACAACCUGGAAGAGAUUUUGGAUGAUUUACAGAAUAGUCAAUUACCACAGCUUUUCCCAGACACGAGGCCGGGCGCCCCUGCUGGAUCAGUUGACAAGCAAGCCAUCAUCAAUGACCUCAUGCAACUCACAGCUGAGAACAGUCCUGUUACACCUGUUGGAGCCCAGAAAACAGCACUGCGAAUCUCACAGAGCACUUUUAAUAACCCACGACCAGGGCAACUGGGCAGGUUACUGCCCAACCAGAACUUACCACUGGACAUCACAUUGCAAAGCCCAACUGGUGCUGGACCUUUCCCACCAAUCAGAAACAACAGUCCCUACUCAGUGAUACCUCAGCCAGGAAUGAUGGGUAAUCAAGGGAUGAUAGGACACCAAGGAAAUUUAGGGAACAGUAGCACAGGAAUGAUUGGUAGCAAUGCUUCCCGGCCCACUAUGCCAUCUGGGGAGUGGGCCCCACAGACUUCUGCUGUGAGAGUCACCUGUGCUGCUACCAGCAGUGCCAUGAACCGGCCAAUCCAAGGAGGUAUGAUUCGGAACCCAACAGCCAGCAUCCCCAUGAGACCCAACAGCCAGCCUGGCCAAAGACAGAUGCUUCAGUCUCAGGUCAUGAAUAUAGGGCCAUCUGAAUUAGAGAUGAAUCUGGGAGGACCGCAGUACAGCCAGCAACAGGCUCCCCCAAAUCAGACCGCCCCGUGGCCUGAAAGCGUCCUGCCCAUAGACCAGGCGUCGCUCGCCAGCCAGAACAGGCAGCCGUUCGGCAGCUCUCCGGAUGACUUGCUGUGCCCACAUCCUGCAGCAGAGUCGCCCAGUGACGAAGGAGCACUCCUGGAUCAGCUCUAUUUAGCCCUGCGGAAUUUCGAUGGCCUCGAGGAGAUUGACCGAGCUCUUGGAAUACCCGAACUGGUCAGCCAGAGCCAAGCAGUAGACCCGGAACAGUACUCCAGUCAGGAAUCCAACAUCAUGCUGGAGCAGAAGCCCCCCGUUUUCCCACAGCAGUACGCGACUCAGGCCCAGAUGGCCCAGGGGAGCUACACCCCCAUGCAGGAGCCAAACUUCCACACCAUGGGCCAGCGGCCUAGCUACGCCGCACUCCGCAUGCAACCCAGGCCGGGCCUCAGGCCCAGCGGCCUGGUGCAGAGCCAGCCCAAUCAGCUGAGACUGCAGCUGCAGCAUCGCCUCCAGGCACAGCAGAAUCGCCAGCCACUUAUGAAUCAAAUCAGCAAUGUUUCAAAUGUGAACUUGACUCUGAGGCCUGGAGUUCCAACACAGGCACCUAUUAAUGCACAGAUGCUGGCCCAAAGACAGAGGGAAAUCCUGAACCAGCAUCUUCGGCAGAGACAAAUGCAUCAGCAACAGCAAGUUCAGCAGCGAACGCUGCUGAUGCGAGGCCAAGGGCUGAACAUGGCGUCGAGCAUGGUGGCCCCUGGCGGUCUGCCAGCAGCUCUGAGCAGCCCCCGGACCCCCCAGGCAAAUGCGCAGCAGUUUCCGUUUCCUCCAAACUACGGGCUAGGUCAGCAACCUGAUCCAGGCUUUACCGGGGCAACAACACCCCAGAGCCCUCUGAUGUCGCCCAGGAUGGCGCACACCCAGAGCCCCAUGAUGCAGCAGUCUCAGGCCAAUCCAGCCUACCAGGCUUCCUCUGACAUGAAUGGGUGGGCACAAGGCAGUAUGGGUGCCAACAGCAUGUUCUCACAACAGUCCCCACCACACUUCGGGCAGCAAGCAAACACCAGCAUGUACAAUAACAAUAUGAACAUCAAUGUAUCCAUGGCGACCAACACAGGUGGGAUGAGCAGCAUGAACCAGAUGACGGGACAGAUCAGCAUGACCUCAGUGACCUCCGUGCCUACGUCAGGGCUGUCCUCCAUGGGUCCUGAGCAGGUUAGUGAUCCUGCUCUGAGGGGAGGCAACCUUUUCCCAAACCAGCUGCCUGGAAUGGACAUGAUUAAGCAGGAGGGAGACGCAUCACGGAAAUACUGCUGACACUGAAGGUAGCUGGUCGCUUCUCUCUUCAGCUGACGGGGCUCACUUGCUCAAAACACGUACCGGCCCGGAGAGCUGUGUCUAUUUGUUUUGACCCAAUCGACCUGCCAGCCAGUUCUGCCAGAGCCAGGUCAGCAGACGGGCCGGGCCCCGUCUCCCAGGGUGGAGCCCGCCUGGCUGCUGCAGCAGGAGCCGCCUCUUCUCUGGACAGUCUGAAGCUCACGUGCAGACAGCUGCUCAGUCUGUUCACUGCAUUCACCUUAGUGCAACUUAGAUCUCUCCUGCAAAGUAAAUGUUGACAGGCAAAGUUCAUACCCGUGUCAGAUUGAAUGUAUUUAAAUGUAUGUAAGGAAAACAACCAUGCUCUUGUUCUGUUCCUGUUUGGUUCCAGACACUGGUUUCUUGUUUUGUUUCCCCUGGCUAAUCAGUCUCGUGCAAAAGAUUAAGAUUUCAUCUUGGGAACGAAAAGAAUUAAAAAAAAAAAUCACACUGAAGGUGUUUUAAGCUAAGCCUGCGUUUGGGAUAAGAGCAGAGCAGACCGUGGACAGCGCUGUGCGUACAGAGACACCCAAGAGGUGAAGACCGGGAAAGUCGUCUGUGUAUCUUGGAGGCCGCGUGGGCAAGUUUCCGUCACCGAGCGGGUGCAAAGGCGCCUGUGAGAGGGCUGGCGCUACUAACCAGUGCUUUUUCCCCUUUUUCUUUGUCAAAAUCAAACUAGCUCACCUAAAUUGUGAAUCAGGAAGACCUGGCUCAUUUCCACACUAAGCUCCCUUAGAUCAGACAGCCCUGAGCAGCGUCUCCUCCCCGCCCUCCGAUCCUGCCUCUUCCUUCCCGCGCCGGCCUUCCUCGCGUCUCUCCACUUGCGUUCAUUUUUUUUCUUUUAAUUUAAAAGCAACAGAAACCAGGUAAGCCCUUUACUUCCUUAAAUGUUUUGCCAGCCACUAUCAAUUGCUAACUAUUAAAUUGCAGAAAAAAUGCAUUUGCUGGCAAGGAGAGGAGCCAAGUUAGGACUUGGUACCAAUCAAACGAAGGGCGCCUGCUUCGGAAGUACGUUCAUUCCGUUCCCCAGCAACACUGGCUCCAAGCAGGGAGACACUGACAGCGUGUUUAAAAUUGACAGCAGAUGUCACAACAGAUUUAACCUCUGCCAUGGGUUUUUUAUUUUGUUUUCUAGCAGUGCUGAUGAAGCCGAAGUUUUGUAAGGUACAUAAAAUCCAAUUUAUAUGUAAACAAGCAAUAAUUUAAGUUGAGAACUUAAGUGUUUUAAUUGUAUAAUUUUUGUGAGGUAUACAUAUUGUGGAAUUGACUCAAAAAUGAGGUACUUCAGUAUUAAAUUAGAUAUCUUCAUAGCAAUGUCUCCUAAAGGUGUUUUGUAAAGGAUAUCAAUGCCUUGAUUAGACCUAAUUUGUAGACUUAAGACUUUUUAUUUUCUAAACCUUGUGAUUCUGCUCAUAAAUCAUUUAUCUAUAUGAUAUGCAGCCGCUGUAGGAACCAAUUCUUGAUUUUUAUAUGUUUAUAUUCUUUCUUAAUGAACCUUAGGAAGACUACGUGUUACUAAGCAGGCCACUUUUAUGGUUGUUUUUCUUGCCCACUCUGGUAGGGGGAUAAUCUUUUAUUAAUUGGCAUCAGUUUCAGACAACUGCAAUACCAAGAAACUGAUGGCCUUUUUUGAGCUAUUUCUCCCCAACCCCUAACACACAUACUUUCUUACCUAAAUUUCCGAAUGAUGUCUUUUUGAUGUCUAAAAAGCAAAGCAUUUUAUAUCUCACUAGCCAGGCUUUUUAGGAACAGAGAGGUUUUUCCUUGAAAUUUGAUUAUUUGUGGCAGGGUGAAGAAUGUACAAACCACCCCUAUUUAUCUCUCUUGCUAUAUGUGCAAAUUACGGAGCACAGAAAGAGACACAGCCCAAGGAUAAGGGGCUAAGUAGGCGUCUGAAAGCGUCGCUCCGCACUAAAGAAAUUUUCUGGAGAUUUGCGUUUCGAUGCUUUCUGCCGCUUGAGGGGUCUCGCUGCAGGGAGGCGGCCACCGGCUCACGGGUCCCCCUCGAACGGCUCUACUUUUCUCAGCUGAACCACUGGGUCGCCCAGUCGUGAUGGAAAAAAUGAGAUGUUGGCCCAGAACUCCAUGACCCCAUCGGGGUGACAGUUUACUGUGACCGGCUUGGAGUGGAUGUUGUAGAAAUUUGUGAAUUGGCAUGACUUUAACCUCACACAGCACAAAAGGGAAAUGGAGUUUGAACUGGCUUUGCUUCAAGUCCCUUUUCACCAAAACACUGUCCCCAGAAAACGAGUGUAUCUCCUGUGGCUCACCCAGCCGCCCACUGUGUCUUAAUGGCCGUCCCAAUCCAGACAAAUCGGCAGACCUGUGACCCCUGUAACUUAGAGGAGCCCACGAUCAUUAUUGCUGUUUUGAAGGAGAGGAGAUUAUAAAUUCUCUGAUGGCUCAGACCAGGUAAUGGAUUUUGCUUUCCAUCUAAUUGAGAAGAGAAAAGUCAGUGAAGGAAUCCUCUGAUCAUAUUGAUCACUACAGAAGCAAAAGCCAAAUCAAUCCCCUUCAUUAUCAGUAUUGCUCAUGCUGUACACAAUAAAUUCGUCAGACUGAGUACUUGGUUUUGUUUAAUAGAACAAAUAAUCAGUGUUUUACUUAUAUUACUAAAUGUGAAAAACACAUAAUGUGAAAAGUAUACAUACAUUAACUUGGUUGUAAAACUCAUUUAAGUGUUCAUGUAAAGUGCUAAGUUUAAAAAGUGAAGUGAGCUGUUUUACUACAAUGAAUUCGUUUGACUCAAAGACUAAAAAUGCCCCUCCCAUGUGUAUCUCUUACGGCCUGUAAUAACCGAAAGCAAUGUUUUUGCAGUUUAUAUAAUGCAAUUUUUAAUCUGUGUUUAAAAAUGGAGUUCAUAUGGGCUUAACACAUGAAAUGGGUGGCACAGAUCCACUUGCAGAACCCAAAGAUACACAAUCAAUUUUGAAAUGCAACUUAAGCCAUUAAUUGUUGGUGUGAAUUUAAAAUUUUCUAGUAUUUGUAUGGUAGUAUGCUGCCUGAGAGCAAAGCAUUCUCUGCACAAAAGAAAAUUACUGUAGUGGCUUCGAUUUUAAUUAGAAUUUUCUCCCUCGUGUUUCUUUAUAGAGGAAAACAAAAUCUUUUAAGUUUCUUACUACAGGUAAAAGCUAUGUGCAAGAACCUCAAAAUGCUAAAAUCUAGCAUAAUGCCUUAGAUCUGUUUUUAAGUCUUGUAUAUUCCUACAUAGCUGUCCAAUGUAUUAUAUUUGUAUAGUGAAUUGUGUACAAUUUUGAAUAAGUGCAUCAUCACUUAACCUUUAUGUUGUUGACUAGUGAUGAUGAUACAUUUCUUCAAACAUUUAACUGUCAUUUUUGUUCCUUUGUCAUUUGUGGGUUUUAUUUGUACAGUUCCUCAUGAAGUUGCAUCUGAGAUGUGUGUAUAUGAAAAGAUUAUACAAGGGUAAAAUUAAGCAAUAUAUUAACUAUGGUUCUUCAGGAGAAAGCUUACAGUGUUUUCAGGUUGUGAUUUAUUUUCAAAAUGGAGAUGACUCUGAACAUCACUUUGUUCACCUGCAUUGAUGUUUGUAUUUCUAGUGUGAGCAGUUUAUGCAAAGGUAGAUAUAUUCAGAGAAAUUUUAAAUACAUUUAUGCAAGUUAAUAUUGCUUUGCUGAUGCUAUUUGCUUAUUUGAUGUUAAAUAAUGCUAUUGUAAAUAAAGAAUUCUGUUGUUAUUGCAUCAUUUAAUAAAUUUUAAUGCCUUCGGGUUUUACAUGG